CAGCCCUGGCUGCUCAAAAACUGAUGUCAUGUGAUAGGCUUUGUUUGUAGUAUUAGCUGACAUAAGCGGUCAGCGAGAAACAAGGAAAUAAGUUUGAUUCCUUUCCUUUGGACUGAGACAGGGUCUGUUUCUCUUAUUAUAGCUAUAGUUUCCGGGGUGGAGUAGUUGGAGAUUGGGUUCGCGUGCCUGGCAGACCGCCGAACGCCCAGCGGACGCAAUGGGUUGUUGUUACAGCAGCGAGAACGAGACCACCGAGCAGGUAGCUAACUAGCUAAUACGAGGCGGUUAUCUAGGGUGUAAAAUAUUAUUUGACAAAAAGUAUUUCCUUUCUUUGGGGUCAUCAGGACAUUGCGAGACAGUAUCGAAUUCCACGAGCCAAAAGUGACGAGAUGGUGCUUCAUUGCGCGUUAAAAGGAAACUAUUUUUAAGUUAGCCAACUACGACCCAGCAGAUAGCUAGCUUAGCUAGCCAGACCUUUCAAAUCAAAUUGUAUUGGUAUCAUACACAUUUAGCAGAUAUUGUGGGUGUAGCGAAAUGCUUGUGUUCCUAACAGUGCAGUAAUAUCUAACAAUUCACAACAAUGCACACACAUCUAAACGUACAAGAGUGGAAUUGAGAAAUAUAUAAUAUUUCAGAGAGAACUGUUAGCUGUGUUAGAAAUAUUGGGCCUAGGGAGUUUAGCUAACGUUAGUUCCCUGAUUGGCAAGUUGACAAACACACCUAACAACAUUAGCUAAUUAAGAGAAGUUUCAAAAUAGUGACAACCUUUGUUGACAAUUGUAAACAGUAUCUAGCUUACUAGCUAGGUAACUUAAUCAGUUCAUAUGUGUACCUCAGUAGCUAUCUACUUGCACAGCAGGACAGACAAUAGUUUGUGGUCCUCUGUAGCUCAGCUGGUAGAGCACGGCGCUUGUAACGCCAAGGUAGUGGGUUCGAUCCCCGGGACCACCCAUACACAAAAAAAUGUAUGCACGCAUGACUGUAAGUCGCUUUGGAUAAAAGCGUCUGCUAAAUGGCAUAUUAUUAUUAUAGUUUAGUUUAAAUUGUCACCUGUCAUGAUGAUCAAUCAGGUCCGGUAAAACGUGACCACUUAUGUAAAUUGGGCCUCAAAGGUUCACAUUCGUUCAAGCCGUUGGAACGUGUUGAACUGGCCAGCCAAUCAACUUCUCCCAGAAGCAUGUCAUAUGAACUCAGAUUUCCCAUCAAAAAUGGAAUUUGGUGAAGGGAAGUUUUAUUUUCCCUUUGGAAAAUGUGAGGCGGGGAUGGUUUCUGAUUUAUUACUGUUUAUCAGAUGACUGUUGUACACAUAUAGCCUACCAUUGCUUAGCUAACCUUGUUAUAACACAGGAUAAUACUGUUGAAAUAUACAUUUUACAUUUUAGUCAUUUAGCAGACGCUCUUAUCCAGAGCGACUUACAGUUAGUGAGUGUAUACAUUUUUCAUACUGGCCCCCCGUGGGAAUCGAACCCACAACCCUGGCGUUGCAAGCACCAUGCUCUACCAACUGAGCUACACAGGGCCCUAUACACACCAGUAUCAUAUCAGGGUUAGUUAACUUUGUUUGGGUUCAUUAUUUUCUGCCUGUCACAGCAACAGAUCAGGGGAUGAGUAGUAUAGGGGUUGUAGGGCGCCCUUUGUUUUAGACUUCAUUUCAGAGGUCAUAUGAUACUCAUUUUAGCAAUAAGCAAGGUCAGAAUUUGGUUACCUUAACAGCCUGUGAUGGAGGAUGUUGUGAUAGUUUGUGAUCGCAAUGCGCAUGUUGUACCUCAGGACCCUGAUGAGCGUAAGCCGCUGAUCCCCCACCCGAACCCCGACAGCAAGCCCCUCAACGGCACAGAAUGGAGCUCCGCCAGUGUACCCUCAGCCCGCACAGACGAACAGGCCUUACUCACAUCCAUCCUUACCAAGACAGCCCUGUAAGACACAAACAUUCUCUUUCUCCUCCGCCAUCAUGGGCAUUAUCCAUUUGGGAUUGAAUUCGGCUGACUACCUGCCCGUCUUUCCGUUUCUUAGGAACAUCAUCGAUGUCUCAGCUGCAGACUCUCAAGGCAUGGAGCAGCAUGAGUACAUGGACAAAGCUCGGCAAUACAGGUGGGUGUGUGGAGGUAGUUGCUUAAUGUGUCUGUGGGUUUUGGAGACUGUUUUGACUGGCUUUGUUAAUGUGUUUCAGUACUAACCUGUCUUUAUUGUGUGUUUUUCAGUACAAAACUGGCCUUGUUGAGUAACAGUCUGUCUCAGAAGAAGCCCCUCCCUCUCCCUUCCCUCACCAGCCAGCCGCACCAAGUACUCGCUAGUGAUCUGGUGCCAUACUCGGAUGUACAACAGGUGCAUGCACGCACGCACCACACACUAGGGGUGUAACGUUUCCCAAACCCACGGUUCGGUACGUAUUGCGGUUUUGGGGUCGCGGUUCUGUUUCGGUACAGCGGGAAAAUGAAAUGCCAACAGUUACGUUAGUUAAAUUAGUUUAUUUAAGAAAAUACAAAGUGUUGUUGGUAUUCUUGAUUCCAUAUAUGAUCAUGAGUCAUAUAAUGCCUGAUAAGAGCGCCAUCAGGAAUAACAACACUUUGUAUUGUUUAAAUGAAAACACAUGAUUACUCAUUAACAACAACAAAAAUGCUAAAAUAAAGUGCAAUAUGCGUGUGAAAUCAAUAUGCAGACAUUGCGUAGGCCUAUGCAAUAAUGUUUACUUACAAAGAGAAAAAUAUGCACACUUGUGUGACUCUUAUAAACGGGCACAGUACUUUUCAUUUCACACUCGGCUGUAAUGUUAAGUAGCUCUCUGUAGCUCUGGAGGUCCAUCCGUCUGUAGUAAGCGCAACACAGGCAAUGCGUCAAUACAGGACUUAGAUCGAAUCCUCCUACGCCGGCUCUGACGCUCGUCAGAUGUGGCAGGGCUUGCAAACUAUCACGGACUACAAAAGGAAACCCAGCCACGAGUUGCUCAGUGACGCGAGCCUACGAGACGAGCAUAGAUCUAUGCUCGCUUCGAGGCAAGCAACACUGAACCAUGCAUGAGAGCACCAGCUGUUCCGGACAACUGUGUGAGCUCACUCUCCAUAGCUGAGACCUUUAAACAGGUUAACGUUCACAAGGCCGCGGGGACCAGACGGAUUUACCAGGACGCGUACUCCGAGCAUGUGUUGACCAGCUGGCAAGUGUCAUCACUGACAUUUUCAACCUCUCCCUGACCCAGUCUGUAAUACCUACGUUUCAAGCAAACCACCAUAGUCCCUGUGCCAAAGAAUGCCAAGGUAACCCGUCUAAAUGACUAUCGCCCCGUAGCACUCACAUCUGUAGUCAUGAAAUGCUUUGAAAGGCUGGUCAUUGCUCACAUCAACACCAUCAUCCCAGACACCCUGGAUUCGCAUACCGCCCCAACAGAUCCAUAGAUGACGCUAUCUCUAUUGCACUCCACGCUGCCCUCUCCCACCUGGAUAAGAGGAACACCUAUGUGAGAAUGCUGUUCAUUGACCACAGCUCAGCAUUCCAACACCAUAGUGCCCUGCAAGCUCAUCACUAAACACCUCCCUCUGCAACUGGAUUCUGGACUUCCUGACGGGCCGCCCCCAGGUGAGGUGGUGAGGGUAGGCAACAACAUCCGUCACGCUAACCCUCAACACGGGGGCGCCUCAGGUCCCUGUUCACCCAUGACUGCGUGGCUGCCAACACCAUCAUUACGUUUGCUGAUGACACGACGGUGAUAGGCCUGACCACCGACGACGAUGAGACAGCCUAUAGGGAGGAGGUCAGUUCAGUGACAUGGCAGUGUGAUGCCAGGACAACAACCUCUCCUUCAACAUCAGCAAGACAAAGAAGCGGAUCAUGGACUAUAGGAAACUGAGGGCCGAGCAUGCCCCCAUUCACAUCAACGGGGCUAUAGUGGAGCAGGUCGAGAGCUUUAAGUGCCUCGGGGUCCAUAUCACUAAGGAAUUAGCACUGACUCUAUGCACACUCACUGGGCUCUACUCACACAUACUGACACUCCAAUACACACUACAUACGCACAAAACACACACAAGCAUAUUGACGCCACACGCACAUACUUUCACACUCUUCAUAUACACUGCUGCUACUCUGUUUAUUAUCUAUCCUGAUUGGCCUAGCAGUGGAGGCUGCUGAGGGGAGGACGGCUCAUAAUAAUGGCUGGAGCGAAUGGAAUGGCAUCAAACACAUGGAAACCAUGUGUUUGAUGUAUUUGAUACCAUUCCAUUGAUUCCGCUGCUGUCAUUACCAUGAGCCUGUUCUCCCCAAUUAAGGUGCCACCAACCUCCUGUGUUGCCUGGUUACUUUUACCCCUACCUGUACAUGUUACUCCAACUACCUCGUACCCCUGCACAUCGACUCGGUACCAGUUCUCCUUGUAUAUCGUCUCAUUACUACCUCGUACCCCUGCACAUUGACUUGGUACCGGUUCUCCUUGUAUAUAGUCUCAUUACUACCUUGUACCCUCGUAUUUAUUUUGUUAAUAUUCUUUUCAAUUACUUUUUAACUCUGCAUAGUUGGGAAAGCGCUCGUAAGUUAGCAUUUCACGGUGAAGUCUACACAUGUUGUAUUCGGCGCAUGUGACAAAUACAAUUUGAUUGGCUUUACACUUUCACAGGGUGCUGAAACAACCUAUUCUUCUCAACCACCGAUAAUUGGCGCAUAUCCGCGACUAUAAACAUACCUAUCGCUCUUGAAAUUUCUUCGGCAUAGUCAGAAUCAGCUGCUUGAAUGCAGAGGGGAGACAAAGUUGUGGUGUUUUUUUGCGUCUCCGUCUUGCUCCGGUGGUAGGAAUACUGGGGUGAUGUAAGUGUAUAUGUGUCCACAUGUUUGAGAUAACAUACUCCCUCUGUCCAUUGCCGUUGUAAUCUACUGGGAAACCAAAAUGUUCCCAAACUGGAGAUUUAAACGAUGAUGGAGAAUCCUCCUGGUUUAUCCACCCUACUACUCGCCAUCGUACAGAACUAGUUCCUGGCUGCGCCUCACAAAAGGAAUGUGCCAAUUAAGAUUAGAAUGUUGAUUACAACGUCUGCAUAGGCUCUAGUUGUUUUAACGGAAUAGCCUGAAAUGUUUUUUUUUUUUUCCAGCUCAGAUUUACUCAAGCAAUACAAAUCAGUGUAGGCAUAGCCUAUAGGCCUAGGUUAUCAAAAAAUUGUUUAGUAUGUAUUCACAGUGCGGACCGAACCGAGGUCCCCGUACCGUUCGGUACGAAUACGUGUACCGUUACACCCCUAACACACACACAGUGCCAUUCUCAGACAUUCAUCAGGUCAUCUUUCUAUAAGUCAUGUGCUUUCCCUAUCCAUAAAUCUGUUAGUGUAUGGCAGCUCUGGAGCAAAAAAUAAAAACGCAUUAUGUAGCCUAUUUGAUGCAUGUUAACCUAAUUUGUUCUAAUUGUUUGACAGGUGUCCAAGAUAGCUGCCUAUGCUUACAGUGCAAUCUCUCAGAUCAAGGUGGAUGCUAAAGAAGAGCUAGUGGUUCAAUUUGCCAUCCCCUGAUCUGGCCUCCAUAAUACUCAUCCCGUCCCGUCCCGUCCCCCAUACCCACAAUGCAUCUAUGAUUACCAGUCCCUGUGCUACCCAGCUAUGCCACUAGCAACCUGCUGCUCCAGCUGAGGACUAUGACAACCAGGCCUCCCCUGCUGAAAAGGUUAACCAACCUUGCCCUGCACUCCUCAGAACCACCUUUCAAAGCCACCAUUCAUCCUUCCUUCACCAGCCGUCAAGGAAUUUUUUACUAUCAUAUGGUAGUAUAACGAUAAUGGUGUUAGGGCAGCUUUUGUAAUUUAAAAGUUUCUUGUUUGAAGAGUGACUGAGUCUGAUUUAAUGAAUAAACGGUUAGCUAGCUGCGCGGCAUGGCUAGGCUGCUGGUGGCGUUAGCUCUGGCUGUGAGUUUCAGGAGUAGCUAGCCUCGUCUGAUAUGCAGCUACGGUAAUAUACUAACUAACUAACUAACUAACCACAGCUAGGAAAAUAGGGUAAUUAAGCAUGUCCAAAUGUAGCACAGUAACAGGACAAAAAAAGAUGUCCACAGCCAGCCAACCCACUAGUCAGCAUGGGGAUGCUGUUGUUCUGACACUGUGUGGACCCGUCACCCAGAACACACAUCCCACCCCUCAAGUCUCAUGUCAGUAUGAAAAAUGUAUGCACUC